AUGUCUUCAUUCCAUCUUCACGCGUUACGAAGCGCGCACAACAACAGCAACAACAACAACAACACCAACAACACGCGCAAAAACGCAAAAAGCGCGAGAGGGGGGUUCAAUAACGACGAAAAUUUCUUCUCUCUUCCGAGGAUGCCACCACCAAAACCACCACCUUCAUCAUCGUUUCCUCCUCCUCGUCCACCUUUUCAACCGCCUUCAGAACCGAAGUCGCCUCCUCCUUUGAUGCCGCGUAUGCCGCCGCCGAUGAUGCCUCCGGCACCGAUAGGCACGAAUGCCCCGGAUUUAGACGUGAACAGCGCGUUCGCGUACGUGGUGUUCACCGUAGCGACCGUGUUUAUUAUUUUGUACAGCGUAUAUCUCGCGCUGAUACGAGAGGAUGAAGAAGAGGAAGACGUUGAAGGAGGAGGAGACAGACGACGAGGCGGAGCGAACAUCGACGAGGACGACGAGGACGACGACGAGUACGGUGACAGAGAUGAUGAAAGCACGAGCACAGUGGCAGCGAAAAGUAGCGCUGUUUUUAGUAAGUUAUCGAACGAAUUGAAAGAGACGAUAUCGGUUGGAAACGAACGAGUGAAGAAGAGCGCGAAGCGUAUCGCGUCGGCUUGGACGCGACGGGCAGAAAGAAGAGAGACGACGAACACGCCGAUGUCGUUUAUGGGGGCGUUGUUUGGAGAGAAGAAGAAGAAGAAGAAGAAAAGGCGAGAGGAAAGUUCGUUGCUCGAUUCUUCUUCUCUUUCGAGCGAUGAAGAUGAGGAUGAGGAGGAUGAAAACGUAGAAUCGAUGUUGUCGGUAAACGAGGAGGAUUUCUUUGAAGAAGAAGAGGACGAGGCGAUGUGGGCGCCGUAUUUUCAUCAAGAAGGAGAACAGUCGAGAAGAGUCGUCGAAGAUAACAUUCGCAUGAGCAACAAUAAUAGCAGUAGGACUAGAAAAAACAACACUAGUAACCUCCACGGAGGUUUGUAA